UGACUUGACUCACAGAUCCUCUUUUGUCCACAGGCGGUUGUCUUAGGAGAGAGAAGAAAGCUCUCAGAUGCUGUGUCAAUUCAGAAACUCAGUUUAACAAUGGAAUGCCAAUCUUCGGUAGAAAAUUUGGAUGAAGAUGGAUAUACUCAAUUAGACUUCAGCUCUCGCAGCAUCACCAGGAGAUCUGUAGUCUCAGAGAAAGGGCUUUGUGCUGCAUCCUCUCGUUGGCGUCUGAUUGCUGUGACUCUGGGCAUUUUAUGCUCAGUGCUGCUGGUGAUAACUGUGGUCCUGAGUACCUUGGGUAUUUGGAGAUCCAGUUCAGGGAACAACCCGUUGAAGAGUGACAGCUUUCCAUCAAGAAAUAAAGACAACCAGAGUCAACCCACACAGUCAUCUUUAGAAGAUAGUGUGAUACCUACCAAGGCUCUCACGACCACAGGAGUUUUCUCUAGCGCUUGUCCCCCUAACUGGAUCACACGUGAGGAUAGCUGUUAUCUAUUUAACACACUAUUAGAUUCCUGGGAUGGAAGUAAAAGACGAUGCUUUCAACUGGGCUCUAAUCUCCUGAAGAUAGACAGCUCAAAAGAGUUGGAGUUUAUAUCAAGGCGAGUGUCUUCCCAGCCUGAUCAUUCAUUUUGGAUAGGGCUUUCUCGCCGUCGGACAGAAGAACCAUGGCUCUGGGAGGAUGGCUCCACCUUGUUGUCUAACCUGUUUCAAAUCAGAAGUACAGUUACUGAAAAAGACUCGUCUCACAACUGUGCAUGGAUCCAUGUGUCAGAUAUUUACGACCAACUUUGUAGCGUGCAUUCAUACAGUAUUUGUGAGAAGAAGCUGUCAAUAUAAUGGUGGAGGAGCAGAGAGAUGUAUGUAAGAUACUAAGGAGGGUAUAAAUCCAAACAGAAAAGAGACAUAUUUGAGGUCAAAAUAAUUGCUGAAAAAAAUAUCUAGAGAGCUCAGCCAACUUCAGUCUUAGCUGAGAAACAGGAUGGAAGGCUGGCUGUGAUUUCCAUACCCCCCAAGUCUAUGCGGUAAUCAGUAUUGUGUUCUAAUUAUUAGAGUACUAGAAAUGGAGUCAGAACACCUGACCUUGAAUUUUUAUCAAUGGGAGAAUUUUCAUUCUGCCAGUCUGUUUAUCUGGGAUUAGCUGUGAAUUCUUGGUGUUUCAGGAGGUUUUAAUAUCUGACUAUACCAGAGUUGUAUUUUGUCCUAAAAAGUGCCACUGGAGAUCAUGUGAUGUGUUUCCACUACUUAUUCUGCCACUUUUAGCAGUGUAUCAGACACAGAUAGAAAUAUAUUUUGAAUAGCUAAAUGAAAAAAUGGAAAAAAAGCUUUAUUAAAAUCAGAGCCAUUUUAUUAUUUUAUUCAUCUCUAUGGUCAUGAUUAUGACCAAAAGCAUCAUAAAAACCAUUAGUUGCAUUUUUUUUCCUUAAUUCAAUAACCAAGAUAACAUGUCUGCCAUAUCUCUAAGAGAAUCUUGUAUAAUAUGAAAUUGUAGGGAAUCUGCUUUGGUAAGAAAGAUUUCUCUUUUUAAAUACUAUCAAUCAAAAAAAGAUCUGAUUAAUAAAUAUAAAAAAGUAACCUGUCCUAUUGGUAAGGUAUUAACAUUUUGUAAUGCAAAACAUUUUAUUAUUUUUAUGAUGACUAUUUUGCAGUUUUCAGCAAUUUCUCAGAAAUUACUGUAAAAGGUAUUAUUGGAACAUAAAUAAGUUUCCUCAUAUGAUGAUUUGUCUCUUAAUUUCUUUUAAACUUUCCCAUUGGUGUUAUUUAUAUUUCCAGUGGGGAUUUCCAUAAUUACUAGAGAGACAGUCUAGUGUUUAUUAAUAUGUGAACAGAAACUGUGUCAAGUUCAUGGAAUUUUUCACUUUAAAAUCAUUACUGUUAUGUCAUUUUAAUAAAAAUGUUAAUUAAAGAAUCUUUGGCAUUUAAAUUAUGUGCCAUGUAUAAUUAACACUAUUAUUAUUUGCCUUUUCCCCCAAAAUGACGAUGAAUUUGGCACUGGGGAGGAAGUAGUAUAGUAGGUAGUUUUGUGCUGAAGAAUAAAUUGUAGAUCUUAAAUAUUUAAAAAUCUAAGAGAAGGAGAAAAAAUUUUUGCAAAGUGACUAUUACUUUUCUAAUACACUAACUGGGGCUGUCACUAUCUGGAAAGAAAUGUGAAAAUGAA